AUGAGCGCGUACACGACGCCGGUGAGGGACGGUGCUGGGCACAUGGUGAUGGCACCGACACCGCCCACCAACAUCCGCAACCUCAUCGCGCAGAAGGAGAAGGAGCUCGUCGCGCUCUCCGAGCAGCGCAUGAACCAAAUCAACAAGCGCACGCAAGACGUCGAGCAACAGCUCGCGGUCCGCGAGCAGGAGCUCGCCAAGACCAAGCAGCAGUUCGCGCAGCUCACGCAGGAUUUCAGGUACAACCUCAAGCUCCUCGAGGACAGGGACGCGGAGCUGGAGAGACUGGACGCCGCCAUCGUCACGCACAGGGCCAACGCGGAGAAGGCCGAUAACGCCCUGCAGCAGCAGAAGAGCCUGGUCACCGAGCGCGAGGCGGAGGUCAGACGGGAGAAGUCCCGCAUCGCCGAGCUCGAGGCGUACUACAAGGAAAAGGUGGAGCGCCUGCAGAAACAGACGGACGACGCCAGGUUCUCCAAGGACGAGGAGCUCCAGAAGCAGAAGGACGAUUUCCUCGUGCUGGAGCGCCAGCUGGUGCGUCAGCUCGAGGAGCAGAAGCAGCUGCUCGAGGCGCAACGCGCGGACAUGCACGCGCAGGUGGCUGAGCGGGGGAAACGAGCCGAGGAGGAGGCCAAAGAACCAAUCGCGCGCCUGCAGGCUGAGCUGCACCAGGAGAAGGCGCAGUCGCUCGCGCUCGCGGGUGAGCUCGAGGCGGCGCAAGCCGAAUCGCAGGGCUUCAAGGACGAGAUCCAGGCGGCGGUGGACGAUAAGCGGGAGGCUGAGCGGGAGGCGGCGGAUUGCCGCGAGCGGGUCGUCGCCGUCGAGGAGCUCCUGGCGUCGAUGAAAAGCGAGCUUGACGCGGUGAAGGAGUUCACGGCGACGGAGAAGGCGGCGGUGGUGGAGGCGGACGCGGAGGCCGUCAACGCCCAGAGGGAGAAGGAGCGGGAGCUGGCGACGACGGUGCAGGACCAGAAGGACGAGAUCGCGCAGUUGCGGAGAAAGGUGAAGGAGCUCGAGGCGUCUCUGGAGUCUGCCGAAGAAUCGCUCAGGAAGGCUGAGGAGGACGCCAAGGCUAAGGAGGAGGCUGCCAAGGCUAGAGAGGAGGCCGCCAAGGCCGAGGCCGAGGAGGAAGCGAAGAAGCCGCCCAGGCCGUCGUCGUCGUCGAAGAAGAAGAAACGGUCCAAGCGUAAGGAUGACUACUCGUCCUCGGACGUCUCCGCCGACACCGACGACGGCUCCGAUCGCGUCGCCGCCGCCCCGGCGUACCUCCCGACGCCGGAGGACCACCCGCUCGCUCCCCCCCCGUCCAUCGGCAGGGAGAAGCCCGAGGUGGCGGCGGCGGCGGCGGGCGCGGCGGCGGCGAGGGCGGUGAUGCGCCAGAACGCGCCCGCGCACUGGUUGGGGGACUCGACCGUGGAGCAGAUGUGGGGCGGGUCCGUGUCCGUCUCCUCGGCGGGUCCCGUCGCGAUUCCGAUGGAGGCGAUCGAGGCGGCGGCGAAGGCGGCGGUGGAGGCGGCGCUGGCGACGCGCAUUCCCACGACCGUCACGAUCUCCGCGCCGUCGUCCCCGGCGCGGGUGAUGGGCGGGCCGCCCGAUCGAUCGAAGGCGCCUGCCGAUAUGCAAGCGACGACGUCUGCGUACGUCUCGGUGUCUCCGGAGCGACCGACCGUCGGCGACUCGUCGCACGUCGCCGCGACGAGCGAAGCCCGCGCGAGGCUCCUGGCGGCGAAGGAUGCCAUCGAGGAGGUCGGGUCCGCGCCCCCCGAGGUGGCGGCGGCCAAGGUUGUCGUCGCGAAGCGGAGGAAGAAGAGGGCCAAGGCUCCGAGCGCGUCGGCGCAUCAUCCCGGUUUGUCGAGGAGCACCGUCGAGGAGCGACAGGCGCGACAGCUGGCGGCGAUGCAGGCGCACGUGGACGCGAUCACCGCGGCGAGGAGGGAGCGAUCGCACGUGUCGCGCCUUCGAAACUACUGGGUUUGA